UAUUUUUUUACUUUCUUCACGUUGCUUAUUUUUAUAGUAAUACAUGUACAUGUACAUAACAGAAUUUUUUUUGGAAAUGCGGGCACUGUCAACUAUGCAGCAUGCUCAUUUUGUCAAAACGCCAUGCUGGAAGUAUUUCCUUGCCUUUCAUGUGUCGAUGGAAAAAAGAAAAAGAAAUCGAUUGUAUCGCAUAUAGUGAUGCAUCGGUUAUAGUGAUAAAAUCACGGAAAUCAAACGGGUACGCUAUAGCCGAUACAGACUGUACCUGGUGUCUGUGUAUGGACGUGAUACGCUAAACUGUAGACAGUGGCAUGCCUUUGUUUUUAGUCAAGCGCCUCGGAGAGUUUUGUUUCUCCUGAGGCUGAUUAUUUCCUGUUUCGGACACAAACUGCAGGAAAAAAAAGCUGAAAGCGGCAGUAGCCGGAUAGCAAUUUCGCAGCGUCAGAAAGAUCCGAAACUGGCGAGCGUGUGACUGUGAGGCCAUCUGGAGAGUGCUGGGACCAGGACGCAACGCCUCAGUAACACGCACCGCUGAGUACAGCACAGUUUCAAUACUCAAUCUUGUUCCGCCUGUCCGAAACCGAGAAAACAAAGGGGUGGCGGUGUGAACCCGACUUAGCCCUCUGCGGCCAUCCGACUCCGUGAGACACGCUUGGUGUGACGCGUGCGGCCCGCAGCACACACGUCAUAGCAAGCAAAGUAAUUCAUUAGUCUGUAACCAACACACCACGUGGCCACGCCGGGAUACUGAGUACGUAGAAAUCAGCAAAGAAUCAACGUCCCAGCGUGUCGGAGUGUCCCAGCGUGUCGGAGUGCGCAAGUCAUCGAGCUCGAUUAUCAAUCAGCCUCAGCCCGGCCAGGACAUCAUCAUCAUCUCCGACUUGUGUCCACGGAAUGCUGUAAAGUGAGCGGCGUGCAUGGAGAAACGGAGAAGCCAGAACCUUUAGUCCUGAUGACCAGACGAUACAUCACGGAAAUAGACCACAUAGCCUGGCAUCGGUGAUGUUCCGUUGAGAAUAGCGGACAUAUCCAGUUCAGUUUUCGUUGUCUUUGUUCCAAUCAGUUCGUCUGCAGUCAUGGAGUAUUGUGGCGAAUUGCUGUUGCUACUCCUGCUCACAAUGUCGUUCAUAGUUUCCGUUAUGAUGAUCAAAGAGUGUCAAGUGGAUGCCAACGUAGUACCAACCAACUCCAUUAUGUGCGCGGACGGUCAUACCUAUGUACACUAUGACGAAGAGCAGUGCGACUUUGAAGGCGCUGAGGCAUUCUGCAAGUACAGGAAUGCCACUCUGCCUCUUCCGCUGGAUCAAACCAUUGACUCGUGUAUCCGGGGGCUUGAUUCCAGAAACAACAGACGCUUUUGGCUGGGUUUCAUGCGUAUUAGUUCGAGCCAGGACUGGAGUGCCGUGCUACCGAACAUUGUGGGCGUAUCUGAUGACCUCAGGGGGAGUAACGACAAAUUAUGCGUUCGUAUCCACACCAGGGACGUAGAAUGGAAGGAGGAAGAGUGCAAUAAGGAGAACAACGUGAACGCUGUUGUCUGCGUCACAAGCGUAAGCUUCCCUACAGACUGCCCGAGCGGAUCCAGCUGCAGCACUACUGAGUCACUAUGUGACACUGGCCCUUGCUCCGUCAAUGCCACCUGUAGCGAUGUGGCGGGCUCGUUUGUAUGUAUGUGUUUUAGUGGCUACACCGGGAAUGGCACCUACUGCCAAGAUAUUGACGAGUGCACACUGGGCCUAUUGUCGUGUGGAGUGCGUGAGUCAUGCUACAACACACUGGGUGCAGCGUAUUGUGCCUGUGCACCAGGCUAUGGAGAUAAUGGAACUGCCUGUUCGGACAUUGACGAGUGUGCAGAUGACAUCAGCUACAGUAAUGGCAUUAGCAUCACUGGCAGUGGCAGCAGUACUGACAACAGCAAUAUUAGCAGCAACUGCGGUGAAAACACCGUCUGCGUGAACACCGUACCCGGUUUUUUGUGCCAGUGUCUUGCUGGCUACGAGGCAGUCACACUUACAGCCUGUCAAGACAUUGACGAAUGUACUACCAGCUUCAACAGCAGCAGCAGCAGCAGCAACGCUACAGGAGUGAACAACUGCAGUGUCAACGCUAUCUGCACAAACACUGUUGGCUGCUACGAAUGCACAUGUUUAAAUGGCUACCAUGGUGAUGGUGUGACAUGUCUUGAUGAAAACGAAUGUACCGAUGGUCCACAUCAUUGUGCACUGCUCACAGCUACGUGCUACAACACAAAUGGAUCCUACACGUGUGAAUGUAUUGAUGGUUAUAUGGGCAAUGGCACAGUAUGUGACAUCUGUCCAGCUGGAUUUUAUGGUAAUGGCACAGCUUGCCUGGACAUUGACGAGUGUGUCAGCAACAGUAACAGCAGUAGCAGCAACAUCAGCAACACUACCACCAGUGACAGCAACAACAGCAGUAGCUGUGGUGAAAACACUGUCUGCGUGAACACCGUACCCGGUUUCUUGUGUCAGUGUCUUGCUGGCUACGAGGCAGUCACACAUACAAUCUGUCAAGACAUUGACGAAUGUAGUACCAGCUUCAACAGCAGCAGCAGCAACGCUACAGGAGUGAACAACUGCAGUGUCAACGCUAUCUGCACAAACACUGUCGGCUGCUACGAAUGCACAUGUUUAAAUGGUUACCAUGGUGAUGGUGUGACAUGUCUUGAUGAAAACGAAUGUACCGAUGGUCUACAUCAAUGUGCACCGCUCACAGCUGCCUGCUCCAACACAAAUGGAUCCUACACAUGUGAAUGCAUUGAUGGUUUUGUGGGGAAUGGCACAGUAUGUGACGUCUGCCCAGCUGGAUUUUAUGGAAAUGGCACAGCUUGUCUGGACAUUAACGAGUGUGUCGGCAACAACACCACCAACACCAGUAGUAACAACAACAGCAGCAUCUGCGGUGAAAAUACUGUCUGCGUGAACACCGUACCCGGUUUUUUGUGCCAGUGUCUUGCUGGCUACGAGGCAGUCACACAUACAAUCUGUCAAGACAUUGACGAAUGUAGUACCAGCUUCAACAGCAGCAGCAGCAACGCUACAGGAGUGAACAACUGCAGUGUCAAUGCUAUCUGCACAAACACUGCCGGCUGCUACGAAUGCACAUGUUUAAAUGGUUACCAUGGUGAUGGUGUGACAUGUCUUGAUGAAAACGAAUGUACCGAUGGUCCACAUCAGUGUGCACCGCUCACAGCUACCUGCUCCAACACAAAUGGAUCCUACAUAUGUGAAUGUAUUGAUGGUUUUAUGGGCAAUGGCACAGUAUGUGACAUCUGUCCAGCUGGAUUUUAUGGUAAUGGCACAGCUUGUCUGGACAUUGACGAGUGUGUUAGCAACAGUAACAGCAGUAGCAGCAACAUCAGCAACACUACUACCAGUGACAAUAGCAACAGCAGUAGCUGCAGUGCCAACGCCGUCUGCGUGAACACCGUACCCGGUUUCUUGUGUCAGUGUCUUGCUGGCUACGAGGCAGUCACACAUACAAUCUGUCAAGACAUUGACGAAUGUAGUACCAGCUUCAACAGCAGCAGCAGCAACGCUACAGGAGUGAACAACUGCAGUGUCAACGCUAUCUGCACAAACACUGCCGGCUGCUACGAAUGCACAUGUUUAAAUGGUUACCGUGGUAAUGGUGUGACAUGUCUUGAUGAAAACGAAUGUAGCGAUGGUCCACAUCAGUGUGCACUGCUCACAGCUACCUGCUACAACACAAAUGGAUCCUACACAUGUGAAUGCAUUCAUGGUUUUGUGGGGAAUGGUACAGUAUGUGACGUCUGCCCAGCUGGAUUUUAUGGAAAUGGCACAGUUUGUCUGGACAUUAACGAGUGUAUCAGCAACAACACCACCAACACCAGUAGCUCAAAUAAUAAUGGCAGUAGUAACAACAACAGCAGCAUCUGCGGUGAAAAUACUGUCUGCGUGAACACCGUACCCGGUUUUUUGUGUCAGUGUCUUGCUGGCUACGAGGCAGUCACACAUACAAUCUGUCAAGACAUUGACGAAUGUACUACCGACUUCAACAGCAGCAGCAGCAACGCUACAGGAGUGAACAACUGCAGUGUCAACGCUAUCUGCACAAACACUGCCGGCUGCUACGAAUGCACAUGUUUAAAUGGUUACCAUGGUGAUGGUGUGACAUGUCUUGAUGAAAACGAAUGUACCGAUGGUCCACAUCAGUGUGCACCGCUCACAGCUACCUGCUCCAACACAAAUGGAUCCUACAUAUGUGAAUGUAUUGAUGGUUUUAUGGGCAAUGGCACAGUAUGUGACAUCUGUCCAGCUGGAUUUUAUGGUAAUGGCACAGCUUGCCUGGACAUUGAUGAGUGUGCCAGCAACAGCAACAUCGGUACCACCACCAGUGCCUACAGCAGUAGUGACACCACCACCAACAACAACAGUAGUAGCAGUAGCUGUGGUGAAAACACUGUCUGCGUGAACACCGUACCCGGUUUUUUGUGUCAGUGUCUUGCUGGCUACGAGGCAGUCACACAUACAGCCUGUCAAGACAUUGACGAAUGUAGUACCAACUUCAACAGCAGCAGCAGCAACGCUACAGGAGUGAACAACUGCAGUGUCAACGCUAUCUGCACAAACACUGCCGGCUGCUACGAAUGCACAUGUUUAAAUGGUUACCAUGGUGAUGGUGUGACAUGUCUUGAUGAAAACGAAUGUACCGAUGGUCUACAUCAGUGUGCACUGCUCACAGCUACCUGCUACAACACAAAUGGAUCCUACACGUGUGAAUGUAUUGAUGGUUUUAUGGGCAAUGGCACAGUAUGUGACGUCUGUCCAGCUGGAUUCUAUGGAAAUGGCACUACUUGUUUGGACAUUGACGAGUGUGUGAAAAACACCAACAACACCAGCAAUGGUAGCAGUAGCAACAACAACAGCAGUAGUGACAGCUGUGGUGAAAACACUGUCUGCGUGAACACCGUACCCGGUUUUUUGUGUCAGUGUCUUGCUGGCUACGAGGCAGUCACACAUACAGCCUGUCAAGACAUUGACGAAUGUACUACCAGCUUCAACAGCAGCAGCAGCAACGCUACAGGAGUGAACAACUGCAGUGUCAACGCUAUCUGCACAAACACUGCCGGCUGCUACGAAUGCACAUGUUUAAACGGUUACCAUGGUGAUGGUGUGACAUGUCUUGAUGAAAACGAAUGUAGCGAUGGUCCACAUCAGUGUGCACUGCUCACAGCUACCUGCUACAACACAAAUGGAUCCUACACGUGUGAAUGUAUUGAUGGUUUUAUGGGCAAUGGCACAGUAUGUGACGUCUGUCCAGCUGGAUUCUAUGGAAAUGGCACUACUUGUUUGGACAUUGACGAGUGUGUGAAAAACACCAACAACACUAGCAAUGGUAGCAGUAGUAACAACAACAGCAAUAGUGACAUCUGUGGUGAAAAUACUGUCUGCGUGAACACCGUACCCGGUUUUUUGUGUCAGUGUCUUGCUGGCUAUGAGGCAGUCACACAUACAAUCUGUCAAGACAUUGACGAAUGUACUACCAGCUUCAACAGCAGCAGCAGCAGCAACGCUACAGGAGUGAACAACUGCAGUGCCAACGCUAUCUGCACAAACACUGCCGGCUGCUAUGAAUGCACAUGUUUAAAUGGUUACCGUGGUAAUGGUGUGACAUGUCUUGAUGAAAACGAAUGUACAGAUGGUCCACAUCAGUGUGCACUGCUCACAGCUACCUGCACCAACACAAAUGGAUCCUACACAUGUGAAUGUGUUGAUGGUUAUAUGGGCAAUGGCACAGUAUGUGAAGUCUGUCCAGCUGGAUUCUAUGGAAAUGGCACAGCUUGUCUGGACAUUGACGAGUGUGUCAGCAACAGUAACACCAGCACCACUGGCAACACCACCGGUUCUGCCAACAACAACAGUAGUAGCUGCGGUGAAAACACCGUCUGCGUGAAUACCGUACCCGGUUUUUUGUGUCAGUGUCUUGCUGGCUAUGAGGCAGUCACACAUACAGCCUGUCAAGACAUUGACGAAUGUACUACCAGCUUCAACAGCAGCAGCAGCAGCAACGCUACAGGAGUGAACAACUGCAGUGUCAACGCUAUCUGCACAAACACUGCCGGCUGCUAUGAAUGCACAUGUUUAAAUGGUUACCAUGGUGAUGGUGUGACAUGUCUUGAUGAAAACGAAUGUACCGAUGGUCCACAUCAGUGUGCACUGCUCACAGCUACCUGCUCCAACACAAAUGGAUCCUACACAUGUGAAUGUAUUGAUGGUUUUAUGGGCAAUGGCACAGUAUGUGAGGUCUGUCCAGCUGGAUUUUAUGGUAAUGGCACAGCUUGUCUGGACAUUGACGAGUGUGUGAGCAACAGCAGCAACAGCGACAAUAGCAUGAGCAGCAGUAGUGACAGCUGCAGUGAAAACACUGUCUGCGUGAACACCGUACCCGGUUUUUUGUGUCAGUGUCUUGCUGGCUAUGAGGCAGUCACACAUACAGCCUGUCAAGACAUUGACGAAUGUACUACCAGCUUCAACAGCAGCAGCAGGAGCAACGCUACAGGAGUGAACAACUGCAGUGUCAACGCUAUCUGCACAAACACUGCCGGCUGCUACGAAUGCACAUGUUUAAAUGGUUUCCGUGGUGAUGGUGUGACAUGUCUUGAUGAAAACGAAUGUACCGAUGGUCCACAUCAGUGUGCACUGCUCACAGCUACCUGCUCCAACACAAAUGGAUCCUACACGUGUGAAUGUAUUGACGGUUUUAUGGGCAAUGGCACAGAAUGUGACGUCUGUCCAGCUGGAUUUUAUGGAAAUGGCACAGCUUGCCUGGACAUUGACGAGUGUGUCAGCAACAGCAGCAGCAACACCACUAAUAACUGUACUAGUGCCUCUAGCAGCUGUGUGAACACGGACGGUGGAUUUGAAUGCGCCUGUUUUGCCGGAUACACGGGCCAGCUUUGUGAUGUCGACAUUGACGAGUGUCUGUCUGGUCCUUGCUUCAACGGUUCCUGCCGGGACCUAGUGGCCAAGUAUGAGUGUGAUUGCUACAGCGGCUAUACGGGAUCACGGUGUGCGAGUGACGUAAACGAGUGUGAGCAACAGCUGGACAACUGUACAAACGGUACCAGCAGUUGUGUCAACGUGGACGGCGGAUUCGAGUGCGCCUGCUUCGCCGGCUACACAGGAGUCGUGUGUGAUAUUGAUGUGAACGAAUGUCUCUCUGAGCCGUGCCGGUGGAAUGGCUCAUGCUCUGACCAUGUGGGCAGCUACAUGUGUCACUGUUUGCCUGGUUUCACCGGCCUGCAGUGCCAACAUGACAUAGAUGAAUGCUCAGUACCGACUCACAACAACUGCUCCGCAAACACCAGCAGCUGUGUCAACACCGACGGGGGAUUCCAGUGUUCUUGCUCGGCGGGGUACACUGGACCGAUCUGUGAUAUUGAAGUUGACGAAUGCUCUUCCAGUCCCUGUAUCCACGGUACUUGCAUGGAUCAGAUAGCGGGAUAUCUUUGCGACUGCAUCAGCGGCUUCAAUGGCUUGCAUUGCGAGCACGAUAUACACGAGUGUCUACUCGGUACACACAACUGCACAAACAAUGCCAGUGAGUGUGUCAACUUUGACGGCGGAUUCGACUGCAUGUGCUUCGCCGGAUACACAGGCUCAGUGUGUGAGGUCAAUAUCGACGAAUGCCUGUCAAUGCCCUGUUUCAAUGGCUCUUGUAUGGAUCUAGUUGCUGGGUACGCCUGCAACUGUUCAAGCGGGUACACUGGCUCGCGAUGUCAGAGUGAUCUUGAUGAGUGCUUGACGGGCGUUCACAACUGCUCAGGGUUAGGUGGCAACUGUAGCAACACGUUCGGUGGAUUUGAAUGUGCUUGCUUUCCCGGGUAUGCAGGGCCAAUGUGUGACAUUGAGACUGACGAAUGUGCAUCUGAGCCAUGCAUCAACGGGACCUGUAGGGAUCAGGGGGCUGGCUAUGUAUGCGAUUGCACAGCCGGAUUCACCAGCCAACAUUGUGAUAUUGAGAUGGACGAAUGUUCAUCCGAGCCAUGCCUCAACAACGGGACUUGUAGCGAUCAGGUCGCUGGCUAUGUAUGCGACUGCACGGCAGGUUUCACCAGUCCACAUUGUGUCAUUGAGAUCGACGAAUGUUCGUCCGAACCGUGCUUUAACAAUGGCUCCUGUAGGGAUCAGAUAGCAGGCUAUGCAUGCAAUUGCACUGCCGGUUUCACCAGCCAACACUGUGACAUUGAGAUUGACGAAUGUGCAUCUGAGCCAUGCUUCAAUGGCUCUUGUAGAGAUCAGAUCGCAGGCUAUGCAUGCGAGUGUUUCAGUGGUUACACUGGACUUCUGUGUGAAAACGACCUUCACGAAUGUCUGCUUGGUACGCACAAUUGCACGAACCACACCAGUGUCUGCAUCAACCUGGACGGUGGAUUUGAAUGCAUGUGCUUCCCCGGCUAUACGGGGCCAAUCUGUGAUGUUGAUAUUGAUGAGUGUACUUCAAGUCCAUGCGUGUAUGGUACCUGCAUCGAUCAGACUGCAGGAUUCACAUGCAGCUGCUUGACUGGCUUCUCGGGUGUACGUUGUCAGAGUGAUAAUGAUGAAUGUCAAACUGGUGCUCACAACUGCUCAGGAUUGGGUGGUAAUUGUGACAACACUCAUGGUGGAUUCCAAUGUACUUGCUUUGCGGGAUAUACAGGACCAGAGUGUAGUGUGACGAUUGAUGAAUGUCUCUCGGCUCCGUGUCAGAACAAUGGAACAUGUGUGGAUCAAAUCGCCGGCUUUGAAUGCCAGUGCAAUACUGGUUUCACUAGCGCACUGUGUGAUGUCGAUAUCAAUGAAUGUGCAUCUGAACCAUGCCAGAACAAUGCCACAUGUGUGGAUGAAAUCAACUCUUUCCAAUGUCAAUGUCAUCCAGGUUACAACGGCACACUCUGUAGCAAUGACAUUAACGAUUGCUCCGGGAAUCCAUGUCUGAAUCAAGCAACGUGUACGGACGGUGUCAAUUCCUAUGCGUGCACCUGUGCUCCGGGAUUUUCUGGCCUGUUCUGUGAGCAAAACGUGGAUGACUGUCUCGGCGUGAUGUGUGGCAAUAACGGCUCAUGUGUAAACCUGGUGAAUGGGUUUGAAUGCACGUGUGUAGCAGGCUAUACGGGUGUUUUCUGUGAAGUCAAUGUGGAGGAGUGUAGCAGUGCUCCGUGUCAGAAUAAUGCUACAUGCGUGGACCUCGUUAACGCAUAUCGGUGCGAGUGUGAACCAGGAUUCACCGGACUUCAAUGUGAGGAUGACAUUGAUCACUGCACGUCCGCGCCGUGUGUGAACAAUGCAACAUGCACGGACUUGGUCAAUGCGUAUCGCUGCGACUGCAUUCCAGGUUUCACUGGAUUGCAAUGCCAAACUGAUAUCGUCGAGUGUCUCUCCUCGCCGUGCGAUAACGGAACGUGUGUAGACGGCAUUAACGGAUACGUGUGUGUCUGCAAUGGCGGCUUCACCGGUUUCACAUGUGAGAUCAAUGUUGAGGAGUGUGAGUCUGAUCCGUGUGUGCAGGGUACGUGUGUAGACCAGGUCAACAGCUACCAGUGUGUAUGUAGUGCAGGCUAUACAGGUGUGCUGUGUGAGGUCAAUAUCAACGAAUGUCUCUCCAUGCCUUGUGUGAAUGGCACGUGUAACGACAACGUCGAUGGCUUUACCUGUUCGUGCACUCCUGGCUUUACGGGUCUGACUUGUGCGGUUGACAUCAAUGAGUGUGUGUCCACACCCUGUGUGAAUGGUUCAUGUAAUGAUGCCGUCAACGCAUUCUCCUGUGACUGCUUCCCGGGUUUUAGUGGCAUGCUGUGCAACACCGACAUACUAGAGUGUGCCAGUGAACCAUGUCAAAACAACCAGUCGUGUGUGGAGCUGACGGACGGGUUUGCAUGCACGUGCUCUUUGGACUACUUUGGUGUGCUGUGUGAGAAUGUAAACAACUCGUGUACAGAUCCUGCACUGACCGUGCCCAGAUGCCUUAACAGCGGUGUGUGCGUUCCGGAGGGGAUUCCCCAGGACAGCGGUGGUGGUGGUGGUAGCAGUGUCAGUGUAAACAGCUAUAAUUGUCAGUGCUUACCUGGCUUUACGGGUGUGCACUGUGAGGUCAAUGUGGAUGACUGUCUUGGAAUGCCUUGUCUCAAUAAUGCCGUCUGUAUGGACAUGGUGGAUGCAUACCAAUGUCAAUGCCAAUCUGGUUUUACUGGCCAGAAUUGUCAAGUGGACAUUGACGACUGCAUUGAUGUCAACUGCACGGCAAACUCCAAAUGUCGCGACGGCGUUGAUCAAUUCCAGUGUGUCUGCGACGAGGGCUAUGUGUCCACCACCUCUGACUCUGUCAACACUGAAAUACAUUGUACAGAUGAAGAUGAAUGUAGACAAGCAGAUGUGAGUGUGUGUCCACCAAACUCCAACUGUCUGAACACUAUAGGUAGUUUUGACUGCACAUGUCAGUCUGGUUUUAGUGGAGAUCGGCACAAUGGCUGUGUGGACAUCAAUGAGUGUGUAACGGGUGCGAACGAUUGUGAUGUGCCAACCAGAGCGAGAUGUGUCAAUACUGCCGGUGGAGUCCGCUGUGAAUGCUUCAACGGGACCACCGGAAACGGAACGACCUGCUACCUGCCAGCUGCUGUUGAUCCCCUACCGGCCACAUUGCGCAAUGUCUUUGCCAGCACCGAAGUCAGGAUAACAUGUAACUACAGAGGAUACCCGCAGGCUACCCCGCGGUGGUGCAAGCUGAGCAAUGAUGACAUCACCAUGACAUCAUCGCUGGCUGCAGAUGGAUGUGCAGCAUACGACUCAUCGUGUCCGUACGCGGUAACGGGCGACAGCAGCAGCACAACAACUCUGGUAAUAGGCCAGGUACAGAACUGCCAUCGUGGACUAUACCGGUGUAUCGCCACCAAUAUAGCCAACCUGCAGGGCUCCUACUCCGAUGUAGAACUUGAUGUACUUGAUUCUAGUGACUUCAAGAUUUCUGGCAACUACAGCGAAGUGUCAAGCAGCAGUGUGGGUGCUGACGUACAACGAACGCUUGAACAACUGCUGCAGGCAAUACCGUCCGUGUCUGUUGAGUUGCCAUCUGUAAAAGUUACGCAGUUCAGUCCGAAUGGAGUUGCUCUGCAAAACCUGGUCUUUGUGGAAAUGGAUGUGCGGAUGCCCAGUAGUUCCGUAUCUGCAUUGCCAGCGAAUGGUUCUUUCGCUAACCGCCUUCGCCUGUAUCUUGUCACAGAAAUCCAGGCUGGACGAAGCUCGCCUGCUACACUUGAUGCUACUUCAGUGUCUGUGCUCAGCUAUGAUGUAUGCCCAGCUGAUGUCACUACUGAUCUCCGGGGCAGUGUAGUCUGGCCAGAGACAGUUCGGGGAACAACAAGUGUGCAAGCAUGCGGUAUCGUGGUGGAGAAUGAGGCACCACAGUUUGCCAGGCGUAUGUGCUUUUCCAGUCCCCGCACCAGUCUCCCAAACACUGGGUUCUUCAUGUCUACAUGGGCCAUGGCUAACACCAGUGACUGUCCAUUCGCUUCAGCCAGCACUAGAGAACUACAGAUGAUUUCAUCCAUUGUAUUCAACACCAGUGAGCCAACGGUCCUCGUCAUGACAACAGAAACCAUUGGCAACCUGACGAAGGACGCCUCGUCGCUGUCCGAAGCCGAUAUCGACUUUGCGGCCACCGCAUUGUCCAAUCUAAUUCUGGCCACUAGCAGUGAUGAAGAUUUCAAUCAGACGAUCGGACGAGAGAUUGCUGGUUCCGUUCUGGACUCGGUGGACAACAUUCUUGCUGCACCACCAACGGAGAUUGAGUCCGCACCCGCUGCAACCAUUGCUCGUACAAUGGAGAGACUCGUAACGUCGCUGGAAGUCGAGGAGGGACAGCCACUGACAAGUGUUAAUGAGAACAUUGGGUUUGCCAUUAGCUGCUCCGGGCGAGUCAUUUCACAGGCAUUCCGUGCUGCAGCUGGUACUGGUGAUGAUGCUUUCUCAGUCGGUGAUGUCACUACAUCAGCAGCAGUGAGCAGUGAUCCAGCUGCCUUUGAUGUACCGUCCAACGCCAUAGAGUUUGCUACGACCAGCAGAGACACAAUGGCACAGUCGGACGCUAACAGUACUUCCUCCAGCGUGCCAUCUUGCCCAGUUGCACAGACCCAGUUCAUUUUGUAUCGCACCGACUCUCUCUUUCAGGACAUCAACCUGACAGGCACAUCUGCUGGAGCCAGAACAACCGUAGCGUCGCAGAUUGUCUCUGCUCAGGUUGGUAGACAAGAGGAGCGUAUUCCACUCGAUGGUGCGAGUGCCGUCAUGUCGUUCAACCUCAACCUGCCAGAUAUCUCAACGCAGAACGAGACACUGCAGCUGGAGUGCGUUUUCUGGGACUUCACAUUGAAUGACAACCAGGGUGGUUGGAGUCGUGAGGGGUGUCGUCUGAUCAGCAACGGCAGCAGUCGUGCCGCAUGCGAGUGUAAUCACCUAACCAACUUUGCCGUCCUAGUUUCACGGAAAGCUAUUAAGUCAUCCCAUGCAGAAACUGUAGCUGAGAAAGUCCUGGUGAUUAUCUCCUACAUCGGCUGUGGAUUGUCCAUGCUAGGGCUGGUUGCCACCAUGAUCACUAUUGCAACCUUCAAGAAACUACGCGCCAGUCUGCAUCAACGCUUGAUGUUUGGUCUGUGUACAACACUCCUCACCAUCAUGAUCCUCUUCAUCGCUGGCAUACGUGCUACGUCGAACAGGGCUGCAUGCCAGUCUGUGGCCAUCAUCAUGCACUACCUUCUCCUGUCGGCGUUCCUGUGGAUGUCGGCCGAGGCCACGCUUCUCUACACACAACUGGUGAAAGUGUUUGGUGGCACUCCGGCCUGGUUUGCUAAAGCUGUGCUGGCUACCGUAUGUGGUGCACCGCUGGUCAUAGUGGGCAUAACGGCUGGAGUGACUAAACUUGACGCCUACACCAAUGAGAACUAUUGCUGGAUAAGUGACUUCAAUGUCUUCUACGGAGCGUUCAUCGCACCAAUGGCACUGACAUUGCUCUACAACAUUGCUAUACUCACCAUUAUCAUACGAUCGCUGCACAAACGUGGCAAGAACAAUGCGUCGAUGAAGCGCAAGGGCAAGAAAGACAACAAGGGAGCGCUGUACCUUGUGCGUGUUGUAGUGACGCUCUCGUUACUACUGGGACUAACCUGGGUGUUUGGCAUACUGGUGGUUCUUGUCGAUCAUAUCGCCAUGCAAUACGCCUUCGCCAUUCUCAACACAUUCCAGGGGUUCCUCAUAUUCAUACUGCACACGGCCCGUGCGCCCGAGGUACGCAAGGAGUGGAGCGGAGCCCUCGCCUCCGCCGGCCGACGGGGCUCCAUUGGGUAUCGACUGAUCUCGACGCUGCGCCGCCACACCAUCACGAGCAUGGGCUCAGGCGACAUGAUGCCAAGCAACGGUGCUAGCACUCACGGCGGCCGUGGAGCGAGCGGUGGCCGAAAAAGCGGCAGCAUGCCGGCGAGGAACUCCAGCCUGGGACAGUCGUGUCACGUCAUGAUCAACGGGCACAGUCUGCUAACAGCCACCAACAGCAACUCACUAACGGGAAGCCCCCGAGCCUCGCCGCCACCACCUGAAUACCAACUUCAACCCGCUGCUACAGAGCCAUCGUCGCUAAGCUUGGAGAAGGAACCGGCCGAGAAGGAAACAAGCCUAUCAUCACCGUCCGACAAUCUUCCGUCUCUCACCAAUUAUUCCAUGUUGAGCAACACAAAUGAUGUGUCUGUGGAUGAGGAAAGUGGUGAUAUGCCCGGCCGUAGGCAAUCUGUUGAUAUCCUUAUUGUAAGAGUGUAGAGAAUAGCAGAAACUGGCAGUGAGUGAGUGGAUGGACGAGUGAGUGUGUUUGCGUGUG